AUGGCGUUGUGUUUUUGUCCAGGUGCUGCCGGGCUUGGUAGCUAUGCUGCAGGCUUCGCUGCAGGUGCGGCUGCCGCUGCCACCGGCACGGCUGCUGCGGAGCAGCAAGGUGGCAUCGCAGGCUUGUCAACAUGGCUACUGGCGCUUGCUCAGAACCUCUUUGACGUCAGUACAGAUGAUGUGGUGCGACGGCUAAAGCUUCUCGCGCCGUACCCAGCUCCGGACAGGUCGACAGCAGAGGAGCUGCGAACACGCCCUGAUUUCUACGGACCUUUUUGGAUCGCCACGACGGCUGUGCUCUUCCUGGCAGCCACCGGCAACUUCGCCAGGUUGGUGGAAUCUGAGCACCCCAGCCUCUUUAAGGCAGACUACAGCUUAGUUCCCCUCGCCGCAAGCAUCAUCUACGGGGGCCUAAUUGCGGUGCCACUACUUGCACGCUUGUCUGUGUUCUUCACAGACGAGGAGGUCGCAAACAUUGACUUCAAGCAGAUCAUCUGUGUAUGCGGGUACGGAUUGGCGCCGUCAAUUCCAGUGUCAAUUCUAUGCAUCAUUCCAGUGUCCUUCUUGCGGUGGGUCUUUGUUCUUGGAGGGUUGGCCCUGUCGCUCUACUUCUUGAGGGCCAACUUGCUGAUGGACAUCUCAGUAAAAGUGCGUUGGCUCCAGCUGACGCUCAUUGCAUCCCCUGUGCUGCUCCAGGUUUUGGUCUUCUUCAUCUACAGGGUGCGGUUCUUUGCCGGCGACCGGCAAUGA